UUUUAGGCGCUGCAUUUAUUUAAUUCGAAAAAAUGUGUCCCUGGGGUCAGUAGCGCAUAAAAUUAUUUACAGCGUCCCUUCCCUACCGCCCACAGCAUCGGGUUUCCUCUUAUUUCGAGCCGGCACUCACAUGUAUUAGAUGUAAAUUGUCUCGCAAAGCUCCAAAAAAGAUUACACUUAUCUUACUUAUAUAUAUGCAGCAGGCUCUUUCUUUUGUAAAUUCUUUUGCUCCAAGUCACUCGCGCGAUAUUAAUUUUUACAGUUCAUUCUAUUUCUGUCCCGAGAUAUUACAUGAUUGACAGGGGUGUCAAAUGAAAACAGCUAAAAACAGAAUAGUUGUAAAUAAUAUUAAUGGUCUGAAUAAUCAUAAUCAGAUGUAUCAAGAUUAAAAAAACAAUUAUAAGAAUAAACACUCAUUCGCUGUUACAAUCACGUACAGUUCCCAUAUUGGUCAUAUCACUAUCAACUCUGUAGGCAAAGUACAAUGUGUUCUUUUUCAUCCGAAUUAACCUGUCAACAAAUGUUAUCUGUGCGCGUUCGAUUAAUGUACCGCCCUCCCUAUUUUAUGCACCAAUAUUUCGCAGUAUUUCAUCGCUUUCUAGUAAAAAGCAACAAAUAAAAAUACAAAUCCAAUGUAUUUAAAGAGCAUUCUAUAAUUAUAUCAUCUGUACAACUCAACUGAUACCCGUGGUCAAUUCGUUCAGCGAACUUCCUCUGGCGAAUGAACGCCUUGUGUUGAUUUGCAAGUCGAAUUACGGCCGGGCGAUUCGUUACGAGCAACAGUUUUCUUUCCAGCGCCUCUUCUACUACGUCAAGAUCAUCUUUUAUCCGAGGCUGCGACUACCGAGGCGGCGAUUUUUGUCAUUAGGGAAUCGCAUACGACGACGAUGGACAGCAGCCAGUGAUCGAAAAUGACUGACUAUGGCUUAUCCUGUAUGUGUGUCGAAAAUCACUUGUCUCCAGUCGCUUCACUUUCCUGUUCGCGCUGCUUUAAAUGCAGACACACAGGGUUACGGGGAACGAUGAGAUCUGUCUGUCUGUUAUGGUUCUGUUUGUAUUCACCGGAAUAAGCAGCGGCCAGCCAGCGCCGUGCGACCAACGAAGCCACCACCGCCAUGAUCGGUUAUCAUCGCCUCUCACCGCAACGUUUUUUCCUGGUCGUCUGUGUAUGUGAUGCGUGUUUAUGUAGAUGCUAGAAGCAGCGGCCGCUGCCAAUACGACAGUCAGCGGGAAAGGGGACGUUGUGUCAGUCGGUAAGCGUUGAGUGGUAGCGGAUGCAACAACAACCGCAGCAGCAGGCAGUUACGUCGUUGGUCACUCACUCUAACUGUCCUACUGGCCGUUUGGCGACGGUCGGUUUGUAGCUGUGUGGUGCUGCUGAAGGGAGAGCGUGACGUGAGCCACAAUAUGGCCGCAUACUCCACCCACUGUCAGCUGCUGCUGCCAUCAGUCCGCUGCUGUUAGUCAUAAUAGCAGCAGUGCUGGUGACAGUGCUAACGACUGGGUCGAGUGGUGGCUAUUGAGUUCCACUGGUGGCGGUGUCGCCUUUCGCUCGGUUCGCUCGAACAGCAGCCGAAGCGAUAACAAAUAGGAGAAUCUGGCCGUUUCUUACGGCCGUUGUCGCUGCUGUUUGGGUGAGUUAGCUCGUGUUGUGUUGUUUAGCCAGAGAGUUAGCAAUUGUCUGUCCAGUCGUCCGUCCGUUUUCCAGACGUACACAAGGCAAUACUGCGAACUAGCUGCGUUAGUAGUCGUUAUAGUGCUGCUGCUAGUGCUGCCGAUCGAUACUUACAGUAUUGUGGUGCGGUAUUUUUUUACGCCGGUGACACUGCAGCUUAGCGGAAGACAAAAAGUAAAAGACAGAGUAGGUUCAAGAAAGUGACUUGGCUAGUGCUGUAGUGCCGCUGUGAGCCACCCAGCCUGUGCCUGAAGACAACCUAUUCCUGCUGGUAGGUUGACUGCAACAGCAUCAUUGCCAGCCGCCACCGUGGGUCCUCGUUGUUAUUGGUGUGCUGCUAUGAUCAUACGUAGUCAUUGGUACACGUAAUGUUGACGUACGGGUCGGAGCCGACGAAUACGUUUGCUACUAUCCAGAGGCGGCUGGUUGAUUCCAAGUCAGGCUAUAUCAGCAUAGAAAAAAGAGAGCGAGACAGUGAGAAAGUGUGAGAGAGCUCUAUGCAACUGACUGCUGGCCAUUGCGGGGUAUGAACGUACAAGUGUAGCAACGAGAGUUGAACACGAACAAAUACGACGAAGAUUGUGUCUAUUUGUGUGCGUUGAGAGAGACAGGAUACACAAGUUGCAACUGGAACAGACUCAUCAGCGAACGUUAACGAAGGCAUUCAAAGCUAGCAGCAGGGCUGCAAAACGUUCCAGGCCACUGCUUGUCCGGCCUCCCCUAAGUAGGGGAGGACGUUAGCGAUAAACUCGGCGUCGCUUUAUAGCGACUCCAACUAAAAAAAAACAAGUCCAGACUAACUUCGCCAUCUUUGAUGGUAUUUUCGGAGACACUCCGAGCAUAUCGCCUGCGAAAGAUAGAAGAUAUAGGCAAGAUGACUGCCAUGAACCAGGACGAGAUCAUUGCCAAUACAAAGACUGUUAUCCAGGGUUUAGAACAGCUUAAAAAUGAACAUGAUUCAAUCCUCGAUGGACUGGCAACUGUUCACGACGCGAGCAACAGUGUCAUUGGCGAAAAGAUGGCCUUCCUCCGUCGAAAUUUGGAAUCGUUGGAGUUGGGUCUGGGAGAAGCCCAGGUCAUAAUGGCCCUAGCAGCGCACAUACAGCAGGUCGAAGCAGAAAAGCAAAAACUGAGAGCUCAGGUACGUCGACUGUGCCAGGAGAAUGCAUGGCUUCGUGACGAACUGGCUAACACACAGCAGAAAUUGCAAAGUUCUGAACAAGUGGUGGCACAGCUUGAGGAGGACAAGAAGCAUCUCGAGUUCAUGAAUUCACUACGGAAAUACGAUGUAGACUCAAAAGACGGUGAUAUGAUGGCCGUUUCCCUUGUAGGAGUGCCUGCUGAUGGCGCUAGUGGACAAGGUCGAGAUAGUAGAGAAUCGAUGGCGACGCCGAUUGCCGGCGGUGGGAUGACUAAGAGCGUUUCCGAUGUUGAUCUCGGAUUCCCCGAGGAUGAUGAAACACAAGAUCCUCAACAAAAUCAGCAACAGAUCACGGGCUACGAGAUUCCCGCCCGCCUUAAAACCCUCCACAACCUCGUCAUACAGUAUGCUUCGCAAGGCAGGUACGAGGUGGCGGUCCCGCUCUGCAAGCAGGCUCUCGAGGACCUGGAGAAAACAUCUGGGCAUAAUCACCCCGAUGUUGCCACAAUGCUCAAUAUUCUGGCCCUUGUGUAUCGUGAUCAGAAUAAGUACAAGGAUGCGGCGAAUCUCCUCAACGACGCGUUAGAAAUUCGCGAAAAGACCCUCGGAGAAAAUCAUCCGGCAGUGGCGGCGACUCUUAACAAUUUAGCUGUUCUAUACGGAAAACGCGGCAAGUACCGUGACGCCGAGCCGCUGUGUGUUCGGGCUCUUGAGAUCCGAGAACGAGUUCUGGGUAGAGAACAUCCGGACGUUGCCAAGCAAUUAAAUAACUUGGCUCUUCUUUGUCAGAAUCAGUCGAAAUAUGACGAAGUGGAAAGGUACUACCAGCGUGCUCUCCAUAUUUACGAGAAAGCGCUAGGAGCAGACGAUCCGAACGUGGCCAAAACAAAGAACAACCUAGCAUCUGCCUACCUCAAACAAGGCAAAUACAAGGAAGCGGAAAUACUCUACAAACAGGUGUUAACGCGGGCUCACGAGCGUCAGUUCGGUCCAAUGGACACCAACAACAAGCCGAUCUGGCAGCUGGCCGAGGAGCGCGAACUGAACAAGCAUAUGACCGGCGGCACCGCUAGCGCUCCAGGAGCUCCAAUCGAUUCGAACCUGUCCCAAACGCCCCAGUACCGCACGACGGUUGAUAACGCUACGGUGGCCACUACGCUCAAAAAUCUCGGCGCUAUCUACCGGAAGCAAGGGAAGUACGAGGCAGCAGAAACUCUCGAAGACGUAGUUCUGCGAGCUCGCAAACAGGAGCAGGUGCGCAAUCUUCACCGACGGCGUAGAGGAAGCCGGGACGGGGCCGACGAGGCAGGACAGUAAGAGUUAAGCUGUCGCGAUGAUGUGCAGUAGAAACAAAAACAAGAUCGGCAAAAUAAAACGAAAGGAAACGAUAAGGCGUUCAGUGCUACUAUUAAGUUCGUUUGCCUGAAACGGAAAGCGAAACGAACGUCAACCGAAAGAGAAAGUAAAAAAUAAAUUCCAAAACGGCAUAACUUGAAUGCUACGUACAGCCACUAGCCUAGUAUGUGUUAGAAUGCGAAUGCGAAUGAAGCUAGACUGUUACACAAUGGCCACCGCGUAACUCAAACAAACAUUACGUAGUUUGUAUUCUCCGAAGUGUUUGUGCUACUGUCUUUAGUAGUGUCUAUGUGGCCUAUUGCGGCAAGUUUUCUUUCCCGCAAAGGCCGAAGAUGGGAGGUCCGUCCCCGUACCCCCUGUUCGGCCGUUGCGAUCUGACUUUGUAGGGCUACCGGAAAAAACGAACCUCACGAGGUGCUUUGGUGACAUGUGUAACAGCCAUAUUUAUACCGAUGAUUUUUAUGCGUAGGCGAUACCCGUUCGCAUAAUUCAGGGGGAUUGUUUGUGUAUGUUCUGUGGUAAUAAGGUUACCGGUAUAGAAAUUUGAUAGAAAAAAAAUGAAGAUGAUGUAGUGAAACGUAGAUACCGUAUAUAGAGGUUAUACAUAGUGGGUGGACCGACGAUCGAUGAUGGAGAGCGUCUUAUUUGUAAGAAUAGAAAGAUAUUGUGAAUGGCUUUAUGACCAUAAUGAUGCACAAAUUACCAUCCAGCGAAGAUGGUAGUCAUUUUUAUUACGAAUUGUGUUGUAUUAAAUAGUAAUUUGGUCACCCCCUUUGAGCAAAUACAUAUAUUUUAUUGCAGUGAAAAAUGGACAAUUCACUUGAAUUGAAACUUGCGUUAACUGUCAUGUUGUCAAUAAUUCGGAUACAUUCAGAAGCCGAUUUCAAAUGUAAAAGUUACAACAUUACGCAAGCAGCGUCGUCGGAUGACGUUCAUGAUGUGAUUUCUGAUUCCGAUGGAUAUCCACACACAAGAAUGCCGAGUAGAAGUGUUGCGGGUACUUCGCGCAGCGACUUCGAUAUUGCUGGCAGAUCACGAUCGGUAAGGAUCCCAGACAGAUACCAAAUUUUCGACUAUCGAAUCCAUAAACUCGUGGGUUAGAUUUUUGACGAAACGGAGUAGCUCUUUUCCCAGUAACGAUUUCCGGUUGCCAAUUUCCAUAUAUGAAUAGAUGACACAUAGCGAGUUUUGUGCCCUGACUACCCAGGGCUGUCAAAAAAUCUGUAAGCUGGCAACACGUUACACUAAUGAUAGCGGAAACCGUUGCCUGUUUUAAUUCACUAGCUCAUUAUAUAGGCAGACAAACACACGCUAGGCACACAUUCAAACGCUUUAUAAUAGAAUCCACUAGGCGAUGAAUAAAAACACUAAGAUCAUUGUGUGCGGUGGUCGACCUGGAAGGAAAACAAAACGGAAGUGCCGAAUGGCUAACAAACGAGACACGAAGGGCUCCUUCCAGGCAGAGAGACUGCGUGUAACAAAGAGUCAACUAUGCGUUGUCGAUUUUGUCGUUAAAGCUUUCAAGGAACGGGCGCUGUAAGCACGCCUCCGUCCCAGGCUACUCCAACUUGUAACGAAGUUUCAUUUUCACCUCAUUCUGGUUGAUUAUACAGGAUGUGGACAGAUGUUGUGUACUCUCUUAUAACGGGAAAAAAAACCUAAAUACAUGAUUAGCAGGCCUAUAUGACCGGUGGGAUAUACACGACCGUAUAGGUCAUUCGCCGAUGAUGGCACACACUUGCACCUCCACAACGAUAUCUUUCUGGAUCGUGGCAGUCUUACAUGAUGAAAGCUUUUAACUUUGUUUUGAAUAUCGGAUCAUUAGUAUUGUAGAAUAACAGCAAUUCAGAGAUAUUAUAAUUAUAUGCUUCAAAUACUUUCGUAGAAAUAGUAACGCCUGUUUUCCAUCAUAAAUAAUAUUAUGACUAACGCCACUUUUGUGAAUGCUUAAUAGAUGGUGUUUAUGUCAGAUAGAUUAGUUAACGGAUUACUAUGGCUGUCCCGUGAAGAACACGGUUAUAGAUAGAUAUAUGUUGAUCCUUGUUUCGUUCUAUGUAUAGCAACAUUAUAUGGUGGAAACGGCAAACGAAAUAAAUGAAUUUAGGCUGUUCGGUGUCAUCAACGAGCAACGACGUGGUAACAAAAAAGAAGUACAUUCCGUUGUGCAAUACUUCUCAGCAAACAUUCUCCUCCUACUGGUGGAUGUAUUGAUACCUUUUGCUGUUUGUAGCGUUCUACCGUCUAGCCGGGUCGAGUACGAAUUCUGCACUAAGAAGAAAACACCAUGUUAUCGACGUUAUUGCUUGGACACGCGCUUUAUGCCUAUGCCGACACUGUAUGGCUUAUGCCAGGAUGAUAGUUCCCCUUGGGUUUAAUGAUUCGGAACGAUUCUUUCAUGUGCGGGUACGUCUCUGAGUUUGUUCGCGGCGCUUUCUUGAGUACUUAACAAGCUGCUGAAGGGCGUGUCAUGACUAUGCCAUCGGUUAGAUACUGCUAUUAGACGUCCUUUUACUCAAGAUUGGCUGGAAAGAACAUUGGCUACUUCUUGUUGUAAUAACACCGCCUCAUUAAGUGUGCUCCUUUCUCUGCUCUAAAUGAUUGAUCUCUUUUUUUUUAGUUUGUCUCAAUACAGGCGCAGAAGGGAAUCCUAGGAUUGACGAACAAUAAUGCCCGUAACGAGAACUAUUUAUUUAAAUUAAUUGUGAUUUAGAUUCAUUUGGUGCUUUGUCAUCAGUUUCGACCUCUUGGUAGUCUCGUUUAUUAGAAACCCGCUAUGUUUUGUUGUUUACUAUACUAUCAGUUCGUAGUGUUUGCUUAAUCUUGUUAAGGGAGUUUUUUUUUUUAAUAUCAGUCCGCUCGUUGUACACAGUUCUUCAGACUUCUGUUCAUAACUGCUCAAAGCGUCAUCAUAGAUCUGUGUCUCUGCGCGAAGUCCGGUCUUUCCAUCGUUCUGCAGUCCCCCGGGGUGAGGGUCAAGGGGGGGGUGGGGCAAGAGUCCCAUGAGCAUAGCACCAAUUUUAUGGUUGCCAGCAUUGCAAUGUUUAAGCAAGUGUAGCUUUGUCUCCAACAAUUUGAUGAGAGCUCGUUCAGUGAAUUUCUCUUCAGUAAUAAUAAUAAUAAUCAGUAUUUAAAGAACGUCUCAAUAUUUCACUCGCCUUUUCGAAUUAUUAAUAUAUUUUUUAUAAAUUAUGGUAGAUAAUGCUAGUAGAGAUUGAAUGAGUGUCUGCUGAUGGUAGCGUUAGGUAGCGGAUAGUCUUAAACCCUUACAAACAGCGAAGUACAUUAUAAAGAUGGUGCCCUAGCCACAGAGUGUACAUCCCACCAUAAGCUCGUACACGCCACUUCCAAUCCUUUCAACUCUUGUCUGAGUUACAUUUCGCCUAUUAAUUAGCUGGACGCUAUGCGUGGCUUCUAACCAAAACUGCUUUACAUUAUUUAGUUAUCAUCAAGUCGUCGUUACACAAAGACUUAAAUCUAAACGAUAAACACAUUAUGGGUUUAGAAAGUUCGACAUCUGCCGCUUCGCCCGUCGAUGACUCUUCGAUACAUCAACUACAUUAACGGUGUAUAUAUAUAUAUAUAUAUAUAUAUAUAUAUAUAUAUAUAGAAAAAAUAUCUGCAUUAGCCCAUUUGCUCGUGAGAGACAGAAGAUAGGAUAACGAUAGAGUAAAAUGAUAAUAACUGUCAUUAAUAAUAUUAUUACACACGAUAUUAUAAUUGAAAUAGCGUAGUAAAUAUAACAAUAACAUUGUUGUAACGGGGACGUAUGGUCGGAAUGAUUUUUCCAUGUGCACAAAAAAGAAAAAUAAUAAUAACAACAAAAAUAAGAACCAUUAUUAUAUGAUAAUGCUAAUAAUAUUAACAGUUACGAAGAAAAUACGAUAUUUACACACUUAUGUGUGAAAAUAAGAAUAGAACAAACGUGGCGCAUGUAUCGUGUGCAGCUUCAUUACGUAUUAUUAUUAUUAUUAUCCGUAAAAAGUGCAUUAAUGAGAGCGUCAAAAACAAAAAUGACGAUUAUAAAAAAAAAAGAGCGGUGAUUGAUGUACGGUAAACCCGGUCAUUGAAACGAGGUCGGUCAGGAGAUAGGCAGGAGACGGAUCUGGAACACGUUGGAAGCGUGCCGAAACGGAGGUCUUAUGAAGACGACGGUCCACCUCCUCGAGAUGCAUCCGUGUUCCGAUCGCUAGGAUUUUACUGCCGACGGACAGUACGGCUGCGUAAUCAAAACGCUAUAUUACAUAACUACUAACUGGUGAAGUUAGAUUCUAUUCAAGCUAGUAACUAGCAGAUUAAUCCAGACACACGAAAUCAGCCCACCAAAAUACGAUACGACCCUGUAUGAUUGUACACAUUUUCGUUACGAGCCUCUUUUUAGAAAGAACUAUACUCCGCACGAGGACAUUGAUUUGUACUGCUUAUUUAUAUACAAUAAAAUAGCCACUUGUGGAUACUUGCAAAGGACGAUAACAGCAAUAUCAUCAGCGAUUGACGAGGAAACAACAGUUUCUGCACACACAUAGUGGCCCUGAUGUCAGCUGAAAUCGGUCAUUGUCGCUUGAUCCCAAUACGUAUGGACUAAUGAGUUUUAUGGCGGCCUCGCAGUCACAUCUCGGCUAGAGAGAGCUCGCCGAAUCACUGUAAAAUUGCAGUGCCUGUUUUUCAGUGCUGCAUCUUCCGCUCCCACCGCGAUCAGUAACAAUAAUGAUUGACAAUUCACAUACUGUGACAGGACGGAAUUAGAUGGGCUAAACGGUGCUUUGUAGUAACGAAUUCAUUUAGAGAAAAUCUGUAAAUGAAUCAUCUUUAUGAGUGCUUGAUUCACAACUGACGACAUAAGCAGCUGCUCGAAUCGAAAACAGGUUCCGUUAUUUUUAGCUGUCUAUAAUGGUCAAAGGCGGGGUAGCUGCGGAGCCGGAACAAACAGAUUCAGUAAGAAUGCCGAAUAGACAACUAGCAAAGAAGCCCUAAAUGCGACUGAAAGAAAUUAUCGCGCGUCCGUUUACUCCUAUCUAUCCAAGAGAAAACGUAGUGUAGUUGUAACGUGUGCUUGCGCAAGACUGCCUCAUUGAGUGAGAUUGAUGGUCGUCGGCCAGAACACAUUCGGCAUUGCUUGGUUUUCCCGCACUGGGAACCGAACAAGGAGCUGUGCAAAUCUGUGGCGACACUUUUGAGCAUACGAAAUGAAACUAACAGACUCUUAAGUGUAUCAGCAUGGAGAACCUAUAGAAAAAAAAACUGCGACACAGGAGAGACGAGGAAAAGGUACAAUGAUGAUGAACGAUAGGAGAAUGAUAAUUAAACUAGAUACUAGGAACUGAAAGCUCUAAGGGAAACUGGGUAGCAAAGCGCAAAAAACACAACAAUUUAUGAAACGAUGAUUUAUAGUAAUAAUAAUAUAUAAUACCACGUUUAUGUAAAGAAGAUGAACCAGCCGAAUGAUAGCGACAGGUCUGUCAAAGAGCAAAGUGUGUGUAUUCUGUCCAACUAUCUUUUCACCGUUUUAUAGAGGCGGAUUAAGAUGAUAAUAAUAAUGACAUAAUGAAUAAAGAAGAGCAUCACUAAAAUAAAGAAGAACUGAUGGAUUAGAUCGUUGUCACACACCUGCACACAUAUUAUUGACCUCAAGCUGUGGGUCAGCUAUCGUAGACCAACAACAAUAUUCGGAAAACCAUAAAAUCGGGAAUUAAUCACUAAAGGAGAACAAGUAACGGUAAUUGUCGAAAUGCACGUCUUCGUGAGGACUAAAGACAGAGCAUAAUAAAAUCACAUACAUUUCGACGACAGAAACAUCAACAACAACAACAACGAUCUGAAGAAAAACGGCGGAUACUAACAGAGGAAAAAACAACACCCGAAAAAUGACGACAAAAGAAAAAUAUUGGGAGUGGCGCAGUUCAGUGAAUCGCCUUAUAUUUUGUUGCUUCAAAUAAACGAGUCCAAUAUAAAAGUGUAA